GUCAUUAAUGUCCACGAGAAUCUCCUGCUUUUCACGGAAAAAAAGUCUGCAUUUUUUUCACCAUAUAUUCCAUCUCCCUGUUUAUGCCCCAAGAUCAGAGCGGGACGAUGAUGAAGUUUGUGGCUUUUUUGAUGUCUCUCCUUCAUUCUUGUUAUUUGGCGAAUGGGAUUCUUGACCCGGUCGAUUUCUUGGCUCUGCAAGCGAUUCGGAAGAGCUUGGUUGAUUUGCCGGGCUCCCAUUUUUUCGAUUCUUGGGAUUUUACUUCCGACCCCUGCAGUUUCGCCGGAGUUCACUGCGCCGGCGGGGAUAGGGUCAUUGCGUUGAAUCUUGGUGACCCGAAGGCGGAUUCUCCGGGUUUGACGGGUCAUCUUCACCCGGAUAUUGCUGAGUUGUCUGGUCUCACUGAGUUUACGGUGGUUCCCGGAAAGAUAUACGGUCCGUUGCCGGAGAGUCUCUCGGCGUUGAAACAUCUCCGGUUUCUCGGCAUCAGCAGGAAUUUCAUCUCAGGGGAAAUUCCGGCGUGUCUUGGUCAGCUCAAGGAACUGCGAACCCUAGAUCUCGGCUUCAACCAGCUCUCCGGAGCUAUCCCUUCUGCCGUCGCGGCGCUGCCGGCGUUGUCCACCGUCAUUCUCAAUCACAACCGUCUCUCCGGUUCGGUCCCGGUUUUCGUCUCCGGGAGCCUAACCCGGUUCGACGUCAGGCAUAACGACCUUUCCGGCACGCUACCGCCGGAUGCUUUCCCUCAGUCGCUUCAAUUCCUGUCAUUGUCGUGGAACCGGCUGAGUGGACCGGUGGACCGGAUACUGACAGGAUUAACCAACUUGAACUAUCUCGACCUAAGCAUGAACCGUUUCAACGGCGGCAUUCCGGGCAGCAUUUUCAAUUUCCCAAUAACAAAUCUCCAGCUCCAGAGAAACAAUUUCUCCGGGAGGGUCACGCCGGCGGGUCAUGUGACAAUCCCCACCGUGGAUCUCAGCUACAACCAUCUCUACGGAGAAAUAUCUCCCCUGUUCUCAACCGUACAGAACUUAUACAUUAACAAUAACCGGUUCACCGGCGAAGUUCCCGUCGUCUUCGUGGACCGGCUUCUUUCGGCCAGCAUUCAGCUUCUUUACUUGCAGCAUAACUUCUUGACCGGAAUCCAGAUAAACCCGGCUGCGGAUAUUCCGGCGACAACAUCUCUUUGUCUGCUGUACAACUGUAUGGUGCCGCCGAUAGAAACCACUUGCCCGGAGAAAGCGGGGAAGCAGAAGUCGAGGCCCACGAAUCAGUGCACCCUGUGGGAGGGCGAAACAGGGAAUUGAGAGGGCAAGGAGAAGGGUAGAAUUGGAAUAUCAAUAUUUUUUGUGGAGGAAAAUUGGGAGAAUUCUUAUGCUAAAUACUCACUCC